UUUCUUGUAGCUCUUCAGCGAACCCCCUUCCUUCUCCUGGAUUUCCUGGCGUGACCGACGUUUCGUGUCUCUUUAGACUUAAAAAAUGCGUUACGUGGCCGCUUACCUCCUGGCUGUCCUUGGUGGAAACACCAGCCCCUCUGCUAAAGACAUCAAGUCCAUCUUGGGCAGUGUGGGAAUAGAGGCCGAUGAUGAACGCUUGAAAAAGAUCAUCAAUGAACUGAAUGGGAAAGACAUCAAUGAAGUCAUGAACUCAGGCCUCUCCAAGUUAACCUCUGUACCAGCAGGUGGUGCUGUGGCGGCUCCUGCCGCUGCUGCUGGAGCCGCUGGAGCUGGGGCGGCACCUGCUGCUGCGGAAGAGAAAAAGGAAGAGAAGAAAGAGGAAUCAGAAGAGUCGGAUGAAGAUAUGGGUUUUGGACUCUUUGAUUAAUCUGCAUUCUCUGUGACUAAAAAGCAAUAAAAAUGUAAAAUGUUUACACAAA